UACCAGGGAAAGACAAAAGAUGUACAGACUUGUCAUAAAGUAGAUAGAUGGGCGACGAUUUAUGACAAAGUUUUUACAAUGUAGAUAUGGAGAUCACACCUGUAUUUUCAGUUAAAGGGAAUGAGGACACCAUGAAAAUAAAUUAGUGAGGAAUACAGCCGGAAGAAUUUAGACGGGACAAGUGUUUGUUGACUCUGGCUUUAAAUAGUACAUGUUUUUUAUUUCGGUAACUAAUGUCAAAAAGGAUUUAUUUGUAUUAGGUGAAUCAGUGUAAACAUUGAACAGGACUAAUUAUAGUCCGGAGGCACUGGGAAAAUAAAUAAAUCUAACAAACAAGGGAUCAAUAUUUAAAGACAUAAUGAUUGAUUGAAAAAAAGUAUUUCUUUCUUUGGAGAAAAUCAGAUUACAGUAUUGCGACAGGUUGUAAAACUGAAAUAGGAUUAAUUUAUAGGGACAAUUGUUUAAUAUUCAACAAUUAUGUAAGCUUCGUAAUAUCAGGGAUUAGGAUUAGAGUGGUCAGUCUGUUCGGUAUUGUCCAGGAAUGAAGUGACUUGACAUUUAGUUAUGUAUUAGUGAUAACAACAUUGAAGCUCAUAGAUGUAAAAGUUAAAAGUUAAUUAGUCCUGCAUUUCACUGCCAAGAUGAGUGAUUUUAGGGAACGUUACAACCAUUACAUGGAAAUGUACAGACUUGUGCCUCCAUCAGAGGUGGGUCGGCGUGUGUCAUGGACAGGAGGUAAUGACUAUCAGUAUUACGAUAAUCAGAACCGUCAUCAUCGUAGAAGUACAGGAUCCUUGGAACUAUGUAAUCAGGUUGACAACUUCAUACACCAGGUUCAUCAUGCCAAACAAAUGCUACGCCAAUCUAGUCUCUUUAAUAUAGAAAAUAAUAAUAGAGUAAAUGAUGAUUAUUUGAGAAGAUUGAACAGUCGGCAUCAUAGUCAUUUUAGUGGGAAACCUCCAAACAGAAUUCUGAAAACAAUGCCUCAGAAUUGUGCAGACUCCAUACCAAUACAUUUGUCAAGUCAAAACAGUCAGUCAGCAAUGAGUUCAGAAUUUAGACAAACAUUAGAUAGAUGGCGCAGUUCUAAGCGUCGGGUUAAACAGUCUAGUCAUGAGAAAAAGGAUGCUGAGAAAUCGUUUCAUCACCACAUUGCAUUAAACUGGGACAAUCUUUAUUCCUCUUCAGAUAUAGAUUCCGACUCUCAGUCUGACAUGAAAAAUAAAUAUAAAUCACAUUCAGAGUAUGGUAAAGGGGGAUAUCAUCCUGUAAAGAUUGGAGACUUGUUCAACAAUAAAUACCAUGUGAUAAGGAAACUAGGAUGGGGCCAUUUUUCUACUGUGUGGUUAUGUUGGGACAUGUCAUGUAAAAGAUUUGUAGCUUUGAAGGUUGUGAAGAGUGCCCAACAUUACACAGAAACAGCUUUGGAUGAAAUUAAAUUAUUGAAAUGUGUCAGAGAAAGUGAUGAAAGUGAUGAUUACAGAGAGAGAACAGUCCAGCUUCUAGAUGACUUUAAAAUUUCUGGUAUUAAUGGCACACAUGUCUGUAUGGUAUUUGAAGUUUUAGGAAAUAAUUUAUUGAAGUUGAUAAUUCGAUCAAAUUACCAAGGAAUUCCUGUGCGAAAUGUCAAAUCUAUAAUUAAACAGGUUUUACAAGGCUUACAUUAUUUGCAUGUGAAAUGCAAAAUAAUUCAUACAGAUAUAAAACCAGAAAACGUCCUGAUGUGUGUUGAUGACACUCAUGUUCGUAAAUUAGCAGCUGAUGCUUUUGAAUGGCAAAAAAUUGGUUGUCCUAUGCCAGGGUCAGCAGUGAGUACAGCACCAAAAGAGAAACCAGACACAUCCAAAAUGUCCAAAAAUAAGAAGAAAAAGAUGAAAAAGAAAUUAAAGAAACAGCAGCAGUUAUUAGAGGUGCAAAUGCAACAAAUAGAGGAAAGUCAAAUUGAUUCAACGAUGACACAGAGUGCCAGUAUCAACACUUUUCCUGAAGGGAACCCAGGAGGAGAAGGCAUGGACCAAACUGAUCAAGACAACACAGAAACCAGCGAUCUGCCAAAUUCUGAAACUUCAAGUCUUAAUAUGCCUAGCUCUGAAAGUUCUAACCUGAUAUCACCGAUUUCGGACAGCUCUAAUCUUAUUUCCCCAACUUCUGAGAGUUCUAAUCCUUUGCCCAAUAGUGAAAGUACUGUCCCUAGCUCUGACGCAUCACCUGUGAUUGAACAAGCAAAUAUAACCAAAAAUGAUAGUGAAAUAACUAUUACAGAAUCAGAUAAUAAUAAUAAAGUUAAAGAGAAAAAUAUUGUGAAUGAAACAAAAACUGAAAAUGCAAACGAAAAGGAAAAUAAUGUUGAACACAACUCCACUGAAAUGUGUCAACCAGACAUUAUAGACUUAAAUAUCAAGGAGGUUGAAUCCAAAUUAAAUGUGGAAAAUGAAAAGAAAUCAGUUGAAGAAGGACAACAAAAUUCAGAGGUUGUACACGAUGCAGGUGAUGUUCCAAUGUGUAAUGGAUUUGAAUCUCAGAACGGUGAUGUGAAUACAAACUUUUCUAGUAAAUGUGAGACAGCAAUGGAUCAAGAAGUGCCACAAGAGGAAGCCCAAGACAAUAGGGGAAAUAGACGCUCACACAGUCCUAGUAGUCAGACACCCAGUGAUAAAACAGAUUCUUCAAGUGGCAAAGCAAAUGCUGCCAGACCAGAUCCUGUGAGAGAAGAAUGUGACAUUCCUGUAAAAAUAGCUGAUUUAGGAAAUGCCUGCUGGACAUAUCACAGGUUUACAGAAGAUAUCCAGACAAGACAAUAUAGAUGUCUAGAAGUGUUGAUAGGAGCAGGGUAUGGUCCUCCUGCAGAUAUCUGGAGUACUGCAUGCAUGGCAUUUGAGUUGAUAGUUGGUGAUUAUUUAUUUGAGCCUCAUUCAGGAGAAGACUACUCUAGAGAUGAAGACCACAUUGCCCACAUUAUAGAACUUCUAGGGCCAAUACCUCGCCAUAUAGCACUGGCCGGCAAAUAUUCCAGGGAAUUCUUUAAUAGAAGGGGUGAGCUGAAACACAUUUUAAAACUAAAACCAUGGGCUCUAACUGAGGUGUUACAAGAAAAGUAUGAAUGGACGCCAGAGGAAGCAGCAGCAUUUGGAGAUUUUAUAGUCCCCAUGUUAGAAUUCGAUCCAGAGAAACGUGCAACUGCAGAGGAAUGUCUUCAGCAUCCUUGGUUAAAUGAUGUUUGAACAUCAGUGACACAAUUCAUGCUAAGCUGACUACUACAUACACAUUAACGAGAUGGGACAUUUUGUCCAAGUCUUAAGACAUCACUUCCUACAAAACUAUAGUGAAAAAUACAUGUAUGCUGCUUGGAUUUCUUCUCAUGUUAUCACAGUUUACUGUUUUUGUAUUUAUAAGUUGGUUUCAUUUUUCAUGACUGAAGGUUAAUAUAUACAAGAGACUUCAAUUUUUAUUCACACCGUAAUAUACACUAUGUGUAUGAAUUCAGUAGAUAACAGACCAUAUAGAACUAGGUUAGGGUUUAUGUAUUGGUGUGUUUUGCACAAACAGUUUGAUUUUAGUGUUGAAAUUGUUAGGGUAAACUAUUUUUCAUUAAAUGUAUGUAUUUACUAUUGUAAAUCUUAGAUGAUGGUCAAAUAAAAUAGGACUUUUUUACUUGACUAGUAAGUGUUUUUGUUUUUAUAAAGAAAUAAAGAAGAAGCUAUGCAGGGAAAAGUCAAAGUUAGAGUUUUAAAUAUUUCUACAGCUAUAUCAUGUAUAUGGAUAAAUUUUUCAUUUCGUUAAAAGUCUUUUGUUGAUUUAAUAAAAAAAACUUACAGUACAAUGUCCAUGUAUAUACUUUAUGUAUUCAAGACAAAGAUGCUUGUAUUAAUCCAUCAUUAUUUCAAGCUCAAAUUUGCAUUGUUAAAUUGCAUAUAGAUUAUCACUAUACUGAGAUUAGUUUAUAUAACCCUCUUGAAUAUAUUUAACAUGAAAUGAAACAUACUGUAGACAGACUGUCAUGACUGUAAAACUUGUAUAACUUUUGAAGAAAUAUAACACCAGCAGAUUCAUCAUCCAUUCAGCCAUUAGCAGUUGUCUUUUUUAAUGACAACAGAAAUACUUAUAUAUAAUUUCAUGUAAUUAAAUAUGCUCGUGGUAUGCUUGAAUGUGUGAAAUUUUUAAUGCAGAUUGAGUAUUUGAAAGUUGAAAGGUCUUAUGUUAGAUAUAUAUUUUCUUUUUUUUCUUUGCUUUACAAUAAUUCAGAAGUUUUUAACUAGAAAUACAUAUCAGCAAAUAGGUCUAACAAACAGUGGGACCAGUUCGGAAAGUAGAAGUAUUUAGAUGUAAUAGUAUUUAACAGUUAAAGUGCUCUUUUCUUCCAAAUAUUCUACUGUAAUAAGACUUUCUUGUUGGAAAAAUGAUAGAAAUGAUAAUAUACAUAUUUAGAUAGAUCAUAAAGUCAUUAUUUUUUAGCAGCCUAUUAACAUAUGAUAAAUAUAAUUUAAAGAAAGUUUUUAGUUUUGCUACAGUAUUGGAUUUUUUUUUUUUCUGCAGUGAAAAAGCAUCUUAUUUAAAUCAUAAUUGUCAAAAAAGAUAACUGCAAGAAGCUGGUAUGUAAGGGAAUUUGAAUUUGGUAAAGCAGAACUGUUUUAAGACUGAAAUUGUUUAGGAAAAAUACACAUCAUAUUCCAACAGCAUUUUAUGCUAGAAUUAACACUGUAUAAGAAUUCCUUUUAUUUACAGACAAUAUUAAAUGAUUUAUGUUUUCUAAACAGUGCUAUUUAAACAUUCCUUUUUUGUAAGUUAAUGUUUGGUCAAUUUGUGAAGGACCAGGACACUGGCAAGUUUACACAAAUAUAGAAUUACCCAGUUACAGGGUAAAAUAGAAUGAUUUGCAAUGCUUGUGUAAAGUGGAACCAAACUAAUCUAAACUCUGAUACUGAACAAAAUCUCAUUAAAAAACAAUGAACAAAAUCUGGACAGAGUGUUCAAUCAAAAGACGGUUGGUUAGCUUACAGGGGUAGAUCUGUGUUAAAGGAGACAAGUCUUUAAAUCAGUAAUGUGUUUGUAAUAGGCAACUUCAUCGAUUCUUUUUAAGCACUCGGGUGAAACAGAAGUAAAAUAAUAUGUGUAACUUAAAAGCUUAGAAUUUAUUUUGAAAACCUUUGCCACAAACGUUUCCGAGACUUUGAAGACUAAUAUUCUUUAACCUAGGUCUUCCUCCUUAAGAAAGGUUUCAGAAAAUUUAUAAAAAUGAAUAAGUAACUGCUGCCAAGUCACAAAUAGUGCUGAUGUUCUGUUGAACAAGACAUUUUUAAUUGUUUAUACCUCUUUUCCUAUUUAUUGCCAUGUUAUUUGUUCAAGAAAUCCCUUUAUUUUUACUGUAAAGAUUCUAUGUGCUACAAAGGUUGUUUCAAUUUUAACACUAAUAACAUGAUUGUCUAAUUAAAAAAUGAAAAUUGCUUAUUUUGAUAUCAGUAGGAGUUCAAGAAAAUAUUUCAUGAUCAACCAUAAACAAUUACCAAAAAGUUCUGUAGAAAACAUUGAAAUACUUAAAAAUCUACAAGUUCGAUGGGAACAACUUUUUAACUUGAUUGAAAAUCACUUGACAAAUCUAUUCACUAGUUGAACAUUACAAGACUGAAGCCUAUGCAAAAAAGCUAGAUGUUUGAAAAUUGUUUAAAAAGACACAUGAACUGAAUAAAUGCUAUCAAGAUGAAUGCUAAAUGUCAAAAUGUCUUUGAAAUACUGCUAUAGUUAGGUUUAAUACAGUGUCAGAAUUGUUUAUUAGCAGAUCUUUUGUAUAAAACAGCAAAUAUGUACUUCUUGAAUGUUUGUUUGUAUGACUGUUGGAGAAUACAUGUUUGAAUACAAUUUGUGAAUAGAUUAUUGUAUUUCAGUUGUCUGUUUUCUUUUAUUGAAUAAAAAUAAAAAUAACA